UUGCGGAUUCUCUUUCCUGUUAUUCUAUGUUCCUACUCAAACCAAACUCAAAGUUCUAACCCAACAUUAUUUUCUGAAUUUUCUGAUAACGAAAUUUGUUUCAAUUUUUGUGUAUGUCCUUAUAUUUCGACCAAAAUGAAGACUGUAAAAGAGAAAGCUGUUGCUCUUUGUAAUUUUGAAGUAAUGGAAAAACUAAAAAAAGUUAGAUCUGCCAAAACAAUGAAGAAGGGAGAACUGGCCACAAUUACAUAUGAAGCACUAUGCUACUUAGAAAGUACUCCAUGUAAAAAAAUGACUCAUUUAUCUGUGGCGAGGUGCUUGAGGGAAUUAAAACCCAUUCUUGUUUUGAGUGAUCUUGAAAGACUGAUGCUUGUUAAUAGCCCACCAAUAAAUGCAGUAGAGCUACAAUUGAUCGUACGAGACAGUGAAGAACGCCUUACUGAAGAAGAAGUGGAUAAGAUCCUUGAAAUAGUGGCCAGAAAUUUUCCCCAUAUAAAAGAAUUUAAAAAAGAUUUGGAUGAAGAGGAUUGAUGUUUGAAUACCCCCAGAGGAUAGGGGCCUCAGAAUCACAACUUGUUCAAGAAUUUAACGAAAUGUGAUAUUAAUCGAAAGUCUCAAUGAUCAAUUGGUCAUUUUGUAAGAAAUAUUUUUGAAUUAUGUACUAAUAAGUAAUUAAAAUAGUGAAGAAUAUAAUGAAUAACAACAAAAAUUUAUAAUUCUUUUAAUAUUUGAAUGUUA